UUUGUGGAUUAAGGUUGACUCUUAACUUGUAAUAUUACUAGAUUUAUCACAACGUUCAAGUUAUUUUUUUUUAGGUAACGGCAUGUUGAGUAGAGCAGCUUUAUUUGACUGUACUGUAAUUUAAGAAACUGUUAUUGUGUGUUAUUGUCUCGUCACACAUUAUACACCCCAUUGGAACGAAACACAAAAAGAGACAACACGCUCGUUCGCAUUUGGGGACAUUUAUUGACAGUUCUAUUCAACUGUGACUCCCAUUACUACGGAGAAGACUGUGUCCAAGUUGCCAUUUGCAUAGUUCAUAAAAAUGACAAUACAUUUCUUCCGCAAAUAGCUGUACAAUAAGAAGGAGUAGCGCCGGAGGAGGAGGGGACGGGGGUUCACGGAGUGGUAAAGGCCAGUAAGGAUGGGCAGCAGGGGCCAAGUGACGGGUGGUCCUCGGUUCAAGCAUCUUUGAAACAUCUCAUCAUGAUUCGCUUAUUGGAACCAUUUUGGAAGUUUCCCAAGAUCCCGUGUUGUGCCUAACACAAGAGGACAUCAGGUUGUUUGGGACUAGUGUGUGCUGGGCGACGCGUGACCUUUGGCCUUCUAGACGAUUCCGUAUUUGGCCAGGUCACUCAGCUCCAUGUCGCCGAAGGCCUCCCAGGGACAGACCACCGUGAUGUCGGUGCCCAGACCUUCCAUGCCGGGGAUGUCGUCUCCGAAUCUGCGUGGACACACGGGCGUCACGUGACAGAUGAGAUGCUUCCGAGUUUAAAUAACAGCAAAGCUGCAGAGGCGUUCAUCGACUCCGCUGAAGUGGUGGUGAUUGGAUUCCUGGAGGGCGACGAGAGCCACGGCUACCGAGAACUUGCGUCGGCGGCGAAGCGCGUGGGUUCGGUCUCGGUGGCCAUUUGUCGUUCGAAAGAAGUGUGGGCCGACUACGGCGUUCGAUCAGACACCAUCGCUCUUUUCAGAAAGGCUGACGACCAUCGAGAGUACCUGGUGAUUGCCGAGGCCAAGAAGAUCGAGACCGACGGUCUCGCGAACUUUAUCGUGGUGAACGAGGUCCGAUACGUGACUGAAUACAACCGAGCGACGGCCGUGGGCCUCUUCAACUCCGACGUGAAGACGCACCUCCUGCUCUUUGCCGACAAGGGCCGCGAAGAAUUUCAGGAGCUCAAGGAGCAGCUGGGGGCUUUGGCUCCGGAGUUCACUGGCAAAUUCUUGUUCGUGCUCAUCAAUGGCGCCGAAGACGCCAACGUCCGCUCCUUGGGCUACUUUGGACUCAAAUCUACGGACCUGCCGCGCGUGGGCAUCUACGAUGGCGACUCGGACAUGAAGUGGCUGCUGCCCGCGGGAGACGUUUCGACGGAGCGUGUGCGAGACUUCUGCGACUCUUUCUUGCGAGGGGAACUGAAGGACGUGAAACAGGCCGGAGCAGAGACCAAAACGGAGCUCUAAUGCUGAUAAAAGAUGUAAUUGCGUGCUCGAGCUGUAAA